UUAUCUUUUUCUUAACGUUAAUCGUUCCGUCAAAUUAUGUUCAAGGGUUAACUUGUUUAGUAUUUAAUAAUCAUGAUAAAUCUAAGUAAAAAGCCUCGCAAAACAUUUUUAAGAAUAACAUGUAACGUAUUGAUUAUAUUAAUUGUCUUGUGAUGACUGAUGACUGUUUCCAAUAAGAAAUAAGUGAAUAACAAAAUGAAACUUGUUCAUAAAGACAUUGAAAAAGAUGGCAAAGGGUUUGUAUUAAAAAAGGGUUGUUGUACUUAUACCUGAAGAAGCUGAAGAUAUGUGGCAGGCAUAUAAUAUUAUUAGAGAAGGAGAUAGAAUAAGAGCAUCUACUAUAAGAAAAGUACAAAAUGAAUCAUCUACUGGAUCAUCUACUAGCCAUCGAGUGAGAACAACAUUAACUGUAAAUGUAGAGUCAGUAGACUUUGACACCCAAGCUUGCUUAUUGCGGUUAAAAGGCAGAAAUAUCGAAGAAAAUGAAUACGUCAAAAUGGGUGCCUAUCAUACCAUUGAUUUAGAAUUGAAUAGAAAAUUUACACUUAUGAAAGAAGAAUGGGAUUCAAUUGAUUUAGGAAGAAUUGAAAUGGCUACUGACCCGACUCAGACAGCUGAUGUGGCAGCGGUAAUAAUGCAAGAAGGUUUAGCACAUAUUUGCUUAAUUUCUGGAAGUCGGACAAUAGUACGUGCCAAAAUUGACCAAAAUAUUCCUCGGAAGCGAAAAGGAGAUAUUAAGCAACAUGAAAAAGGAAUUUUAAAAUUUUUUGACUUAGUAAUGCAAGCAAUUUUGCGUCAUAUCAGAUUUGAUAUUGUUAAGUGCACAAUAAUUGCAAGUCCUGGUUUUGUAAAAGAUCAAUUUUAUGAAUAUAUAAUACAAGAAGCUGUUAAAAAUGAUAACAAAACCAUUUUAGAAAACAAAUCCAAAUUUAUUACAGCUCAUGCAUCCAGUGGGUUUAAACAUUCACUAAAAGAAGUGCUUACAAAUCCAUCAAUAGCUUCUAAACUUGAAGAUACAAAAGCACUAAGUGAAUUGAAAGUAUUAGAGAAUUUUUAUAAAAUAUUGCAGUCUGAAUCAACUAGAGCUUUUUAUGGAAUUAGCCAUGUGGAAAAAGCCAAUGAAGCAUUAGCAAUUGAAACAUUACUCAUCACCGAUAGUCUAUUUAGGAGCCAAAAUAUUGCUGAGCGAAAACGUUAUGUCAAACUAGUAGAUAGUGUUAAAGAAUCUGGAGGUGAUGUCAAAAUAUUUUCAAGCAUGCAUGUUACCGGAGAGCAAUUAUCUCAAAUUACUGGUGUGGCAGCCAUACUCAGAUUUCCAAUGCCUGAAUUAGAAGAUGACGAAGAGGAAGAUGACGACUCUGAUGAAUGUAUAUCACUGCCACAAAGUUGAUCAAUUGUAUAUUUUAAUUAAUUUUUAUUAUAAAAAAAAAAAAAAAAA